CGCAUGUGUCCACGACUCUCCUGUAGGCUCACUUCAACAACUCAACAAGCCAUAUCAAACUGCUUCAACUCACCAUCGACGCACAUCAGACGCAAGACAAUUUUCCAAGAUCGCAACGACUAGCGUUUCCGUUACUGUCGUCAGAAGCAAAGGCACCCGAACCCGGACGACCACAGACUAUCUCCCCGAGCCCCUAGUAAUAGACCACUGGUCCUCAGAUCUUGCGACAUUCUGGCUCGAAGACGCAUUUGACCCGCCCUCGACUGGGCCACUUCAACGCGAUAACGACGAUUCUUUCUCCUCGGGCUACUUCAGCAUACAGAACCAGUGGUGCCCAUGGCGCGCCGGCGGCGGCCGCCGCGCUCGGGCGCCCUCGCCGAACUCCCCCCGCUCAAGAUCCUCAGCCAAAUCGCCGCCUUGCAGGGCCUGUACUAUGCGUCGGCGCUGGUUUUGAUGCUCUUCACCGCGCUGGUCGUGGGGAUCAGGUUCAGCCUAGACCUCGUCUUUGGCUGGGACACCGUGCGUGGGGACACGACUCAGGGGUGGCUGAUGGGGUUCAUCUGGAUCUUGGACGGCGGCUUGUUGAUGGCUGUCGCGAUAGUUGUUCUCAUCGGCCGCUCCAAGCUCGUGCUCGACUUUGCCCUAUCCCUGCACGCCAUCCAUUUGGUUGUUGUGACGCUGUACUCGGGGCAGCUGCCGCGUCACACGGCGUGGUGGUUUUCGAUGGCGCUGGCAAGCGCGGUUGCGGUUGCCAUGGGGACGUGGGGAUGUCGGUAUCGCCAACUGCAGCCAAUAUCCUUUGGAGGAGGUGGUACUGCAUCUAUGGCUGGCGGGAGUGGAGGAGAGAAUGGCGGUGAUACUGGCGAGGGUGGUAUAGACGGGGAUGAGGAGCAAGGGUUCUCGCGCGGCCGAGGGCGAGGGCGUGGGAGGGACGGGGCCGGCGAGUACGAAAUGGCCAACAUGGAUAGCGAGGCUCCGAGGUAGCGGGAUGGGUUAUUUGCACCGCUUUUAUAGACCAUCCGGUCAGAGAAACAUGGCCAUCGGCGCAGAUGGGCAUUUUUUGGCCGAAUUAGGAUUUUAUAUUUUGCGUCAACUACGCCCACAUCCCUAUACGCCAAUUGACCAGACAAGCCUUGGCAGCA